GUCACUCUGGACUGACAGACGAGAACACUUCGAAAAAGCCGAAGUUUUGCUUGGUGUUGGUUUAAUUUUUACGUUAAUAGUGCAAUUGCUAAUUAAUUUCGAGCACACCAGCAAUUUCAUAAUACUUCUAGUGUUUUAAUAUCACACGUUGCUCAGUCUCACAAAAAAGCAGCAACAUAAGCAAAAAAUAAAAUAUAUAAAAAAGCACCGCGAUUCUUUUGUUAGUGUUCCAUAUACAUGUAUGUGCAUAUGAAUGUGUGCGUGUGUUUGAAACCAGCGCAAAAAAGUCUUAUACAGCAGAAAAGGCGGCAAAAAGAAGCAGCAGAACAACGACAACAACAACGUAACGCAAAGUAAAAUUGCAACAGCAAACAGCAAAAGUUUGUGCAAUGCAAAUGCAUUUAACGUGAAAAUCGGGUGACAGCGGCACAUUGCUCUAUAAACAAACAAAACAAAAGCAACAAAACGUUUUGUGUUUUUGCAACACAUUUCGUUUUAUGUGCGUCAAUGCAGAGGACAGGAAUAAAGCAACGGGCAAAAAUCAACUGCAGCCGAGCCAACAGCAACAACAAAUUGGAAUACAGCAUUUUGUGCGCGCGACUAAAAUUGACAGCAGCCUAAAAGUAUGCUACAAAAAUAUUCAACUUGUUACCGCUACGCAGACGACAGCAGCAACACUAACAGCACCAACAACAACAGCAGCAGCAUAAGUAACGAGCAAAAAGGACCAUAAAAACGCCAAAAAAAAACUUUGAAUUGGCAGCAUUUUUGACAGCAUUAGCAAAGUGAAUGCAACAACAAUCAAACUAGACGAAAAAUUACAACAAUAAAUAAGUCACAGAAUUCAACUGAGAGGACCUUAAGUAUAGAGUGAGAGACUCACUCAGGAACACAAACGCUAAGCAAGCGAUACACACACACGCACACACAGAGAUUAGGAUGGCGUCGUCGCCGACACCAUCUCUGGACUCGAUGCGUGGCGCCAACUCGAUAGAAUCGUAUGAGCACGCUGGCUAUUUAUCCGACUCGCCGCUGACACUGAGCGGCUCAUCGCCACCGGCGAGCGAUUCGGCGAUCUGCAGUGAUGAGUACAUUGCGGGGGGUGGUCCGGUGAGUGUUAAGGUGCGUCAGGAUGUGAGUGUGAUAAAUGGACAUCAUCCGAUUUCGACAUCGGUGUCAUCUAGCUCAUCGGCCAGCUCUUCGUCCUGCUCCUCAUCAUCAUCGUCAUCCUCAUCGUCGUCCUCUUCGUCAUCAUCGUCGUCGUCAACCAGCGGUCUCAGCGGUUGUGGCAGCACCAGCAGCAGCGUCAUCAGUGGCAGCAACAAUGUGACAGCCGUGAGCAAUGGUCCCGGUGUCAUUGGCAGCAAUCUCAAUAGCAACAGCAGCAAUGGCAGCAUUAGCAGUCUCGUUGUCGGUGCCGGCAAAGGCAACAGCAACAACAGCAGCAGCAGCAACAACACCAACGGCAGCAGCAACAUCAGCACUAAUGGCAGCAACAACAACAACAGCAGUAGCAACAACAGCUUGUCGCCAGCACGUUGCACCGCCUGCAAGAGCAAGUGCAGCGAUGCGGUGGCGAAGUGUUUCGAUUGCCAGAGCUAUCUAUGCGCCAACUGUGUGACAGCGCAUGAGUUUAUGCAUUGCUUCAACGGUCACAACGUUUGCCUCAUCAAGGGCUUCGAGGCCAGCGGCAACAGCAACGGCAGCAGCAACAGCAUCAACAGCAGCAGCAACAGCAACUCGAACAAUCCGGCGUCGAGUGACUUCAAGUUCGCCAGUUCGCUGACCAUGAUGUUGCAACAACAGCAGCAGCAAUCGCAGCUGACAGACGUCCAACAACAGCAGCAGCAGCAACAGCAACCAAUGUCACAGCUGUCGAAGAUUGUGCUAGCAGCAGCAGCAGCUGCCGCCAAUCAGACACAACAGGAGCAACAUCAUGACUCUCUCUAUGCCACACACAUGCAACAGCAACAGCAGCAGCAACAACAACAGCAGCAGCAGCGACAACUGUUUUGUGGUCGUCACAAGCAUGAGUUGCUCAAGUUCAGUUGCCGCACCUGCUGCACUCUGGUGUGCAAGGAGUGCAUUGUGCUCGAGCAUUCGACGGGACUCCACGAGCUGGAGAAUGUGCAAUCGCCCGGCAUGCUGACAGCCAGCAACAACAACAGCAACAGCAGCAACAACAGCGCCGCCUCCAAUGAGGCAGCAUUGCAAACUCUGUUGGCCGAUAUGCGUGGCAAGAUCGGAGAGAUCGUGGCCAUUGCAAAUGGGGCCGAACAGAGUGUGAACAAGGUGAAGUUGCAGUAUCAGAAGGCGCACAACGAACUCAACGAGACGCAUCAGUUCUUUGCCUCGAUGCUCGACGAACGUCGCUCGGAGUUGCUCAAGGAUCUCGAGUCUCUGUACACGGCACGUGUCAACAGCAAUGCGGUGUGGCUGCAACGCUCCAAGGAGCUCAUCGACAAGGGUCUCUCCACCUGCGAAGCUGUCGAACGCACCCCGGCAACCGGUGUGCAGUCGCCGCUGCUCACCGAGGCGCUGCUACUGCGCAAGACACUGGAGCAACAGUUGCAGACGGGCGUGCAGGAUUUGCAGCUGCCCUUCGAGCUCGAGUUCAUGUCCAACUAUCAGUCGAUACAGGCCGGAGUGCGCAACACUUUCGGCUACAUUCGUGCCAGCAAUGGCGGAGGAGGAGGCAGCGGCGUCAGCAGUGCCACCUGCUCGGAGGCAAGUCUCAGUCUCGGUCACUUGACGCACAGCAGCAGCAGCCACAACAGUCACGGUCACAACGGACAGAGUCACGGCAAACAGCCGCCGAUUGCUCGACCCACACAGAGCGCCAGCAACAGCAGCGCCAGCAGCGCUGGCAGUCAUCACCAUCAACAUCAGCAGCAACAGCAGCAACACUUGCAGCUGCAACAGCAUCAACAGCAGCAGCAGCAGCAGUUGCUGCCCGGUUUGGGUCUGGGCAGUCUGCUCGACAACAGCAGCGUCAACAGCGUCGUGAAUGGCAGCGGCAGCAGCAGCUAUGCAAAUGGUUUGCGCAGCCUUAACGAGUUGCAGCACUUUGGCGAGUUGCUCCCAAAGAGGAACAGCAGCAGUUCGCAUUACAAUCCGUACGAGAAGUGGAGCAACGGUGGCAGCGAUAAUCUCUUCAAUACGUCCUCGGCUUUGGUCAGCAGCAAUGGCAGCAACUCGGCGGUUGUCGAUGCCUUCGCCAGUCUCUCGAGUGUCGCAUUGAACGGCGGCAACAGCAGCCAGAGCACUGUGAGCAAUGAUUCUCUGCUGGAUUUGACCAACAAGUUGCUCUCCGCUUCGAUUUAUCCACCCAAGUCGCAGAUCAAGCGACAGAAGAUGAUCUACCACUGCAAAUUCGGUGAAUUCGGUGUGAUGGAGGGGCAAUUCACUGAGCCCAGCGGUGUUGCUGUCAAUGCCCAGAAUGACAUCAUUGUCGCCGACACGAACAAUCAUCGCAUCCAGAUCUUUGACAAGGAGGGACGCUUCAAGUUCCAGUUUGGCGAGUGCGGCAAACGCGAUUCGCAGUUGUUGUAUCCCAAUCGGGUGGCUGUUGUCCGCAAUUCGGGCGACAUCAUUGUGACGGAACGUUCGCCCACCCAUCAGAUUCAGAUCUACAAUCAGUAUGGGCAAUUUGUGAGGAAGUUCGGUGCCACGAUCUUGCAACAUCCGCGUGGCGUGACUGUGGAUAAUAAGGGACGCAUCAUUGUCGUUGAGUGCAAGGUGAUGCGUGUGAUCAUCUUCGAUCAGAAUGGCAAUGUGCUGCACAAGUUCGGUUGCUCCAAGCAUCUGGAGUUCCCCAACGGUGUGGUGGUGAAUGACAAGCAGGAGAUCUUCAUCAGCGACAAUCGGGCGCAUUGCGUCAAGGUCUUCAACUAUGAGGGACAAUAUCUGCGGCAAAUCGGUGGCGAGGGCAUCACCAAUUAUCCCAUCGGUGUCGGCAUCAAUUCGAAUGGCGAGAUUCUCAUUGCCGACAAUCACAACAACUUCAAUCUGACCAUUUUCACCCAGGAUGGGCAACUGAUCUCCGCCCUCGAGUCGAAGGUGAAGCAUGCCCAAUGCUUCGAUGUUGCACUGAUGGAUGAUGGCAGCGUUGUACUCGCCAGCAAGGAUUAUCGCCUCUACAUCUAUCGCUACGUUCAGCUGGCUCCAGUGGCCUCACGCAAAAUGGCCAACAACUUGGCCGAUAAAAUUCAGUCAGAAUACAAAAAUUGUUUGAAUUUACAAUUGUUGGAGGAUAUCAAUUAUUAAGUUUAUAUUUACAUAACACAUUCCACAUGCCAAUUUUAUAUUCAAGUUGUUUUGUUCUCACUUUUUUCUGUUUUAAAUCAAUUUUGGGACUCAACAAAAUAAAUGAAAUGAUGAAUAAUUGAAAAUGAGUCUCUACGGUCGAACCGCACACAAAAAAAAACUUAAAAAAAGAUAAAAAAAAAUUAUAUAUUACAAGAAAUUUGCUUAGAAUUCCAAUUGACAUAUUCAUAAUUGUUAGCUUAUACAUCAUUAUUAUACAUCAUACAUACAUAUAUAUUAUAUUCAUGCAUUGACAUCUACGUACAUAAGCAAAUACAUACCAACAUCUAGUUAUAGUGCAUCAUGAAAUCAUCAUCUAGUCAUUUUAAUUAUUAAACCCAACAUACAUAAGCACAUAUGUAUUUUUUAUAACAAAAACAAAAACGAAAAGAAAAAAAAAAACGAAAACGAAAAUGAAAAUGAAAAUAUUCAUAUGAAACACCAAUUAAAUGUUAAAUGUCGUUACAAUUAAGUUGAUAUGUUUUAACACAAGCUACAAUUACAAUUUUAAAAAUAACAAUUGAUUGAUUUUCUGCGAAAUGAAGAAAUGAUCAAGAAUGAAAUGGAAUGAUGAAGAAAAGUUGAAUGUUUUAGAUGAACAUAGUAUACAGGGUGUUGCUAAAUGGCUUUAUAUACUUACUUACACAUGCUAAAAACACACUUACACAUAUUUAUUAAAUACAUACAUGUUUUUCUAUAUGGUUAUUUAUUCAAUGCCCCCAAUUGUUUAACCCAACUCUUAGUUAAAAAAAAAAGAAAAACACACACACAAAACGAAAAAAGAAUAUAAAUAUUUUCGCUCAAAUUUAGUUGAUUCAUAUGAGAAUGAAAGUUUGUUAAAGAAAAAGAAAAUGUGAAAAUGCAAAAAAUAUAAUGAUGAUUAACGAAAGGAUUAAGGACUGAAAGGUAAAUGAUAUAUCAAUGGGUUAAGGUUAACAUUGCAGGUUAGCACUCUUGGCUGUUUUUUGGGAGAGAAUUGACGAUGGAAUGAAAUUGUUAAAUUUAUGUUAAUGAAAUAUGAUGAAAAGUAAACCCAAAAAUAUGAUAAAAACAAAAAAUGAAAAUGCAAAUGAAAGAAAAUAAAACACAUACACACAUGGCCCACCAAUGCAUACUAUAUGCGCACUGUUUCUUAUAUAAUGCAUAUAGAUCAGAGUACUACGAACACCCCCCAGAAACACCGAUCACAGUUACAGAUACACAGAUAACGAUACAUUUACAGUUGCAGAGAUCCAUAGUUACACCCGAAACAUUUGAAUUCAGUAUUACAUAUAAUUUAACUGACUAAACUAACUUUAACUGCCAACUCUUCUCCUCUAUAUCUAAAACGCUGCUACUAAAAUGCAUUCAUUAUAUAUGGUAGACAUAGUAGACACCCUGCAUAUGUACUUAAAGCCCCCACUCUUAUAAAAACAAGUUGAAGAAGUAGAUCAAGAAGAAUAUGAAUAUGAAGAAGAAGAAGAAGCACACAGCAAGAUGGCAAUUCUCAAGAACUAAACGCAUAUGAAACGCAUUUACUUAAUAUACAUGCAUAUAACUUAUAUAUAUUUUUAUGUAUUAAUAUUUUUAUUAACAACCAAUACCAAGAACAACAAUGGGAAUAACAAAUUAACAAUUACCAAUACAAUACUUACACAUGCAUAUAUAUAUAUAUAUGUAUAUCUAUUAUAUGUAUAUGAAGUAUAUGAAAAGUAUUCUUAAUGUAAAAUACCGAAUGUAAUAAAUGUGAAUGUUAUUAACUCAUUAUACUAUUAUUAUUACGAUUCUGAUUGUAUGGGCUAUUAACCCAUUGAUAACUAAAUGGAAAAACCAAAAAAAAAAAACACAA